GAGAUAUUUAUUUGUGGCGCGUCGGUGUCCUUUUGCGUCUAAUUCCUCCCUCAAAACUUAACCUAUCUUUAGUGUUCACAAUUCACGUUACUGCGAUUUAUAAACACGUGGUGUAAAUUAAUUAUAUUGAAUAGUAAAUUUAACAAGAUAGUUUUAGUUUAUUUUUUUAAUAAAAAUUGUAAUAAAAAAAGUAAUUACAAUGAAGACAAAUAAUAAUAAAAUGGGUGUAAAAUCCAGUGGUAAAACGGAGUCAACUUUGAGUAAAGCGGUUAAAAAUGUUAAAGAAAUUUUAAUUAAGAAUACUGAAGCAAAAGAAAAGAAGCAAAAAAAGCUAUCAAAAUCCUCAAAAGAAGAAAAUAUAAUAAAAUUAAAGAGUGAAGACUCACCAGCAGCUGCAGCCAUCUCUAAAAAAUCCAGUAAAAUCCUCAAGAAGUUAACAAAAUCCAAGUCAGCUGACUCCGAAAUAGAAAAAGAACGCGGUGUUGUUUACAUCGGCCACCUUCCUCACGGGUUCUACGAGGAACAGAUGAGGGUAUUUUUCUCAAAAUUCGGCGAGGUGACAAACGUCCGCGUGUCGCGUUCCAAAGUGUCCGGAAAGUCGCGAGGUUAUGGAUUCAUCGAGUUUGCGCAUGCGCAGGUCGCCAAAAUAGCCGCCGAGAGUAUGAACAACUACCUGAUGUUCGGGAGACUGGUUAAGACCGAGUACAUUCCGCCGGAGAAGCAGCACGAUUGGUACUUCAGAGGUCUGUCUUACACCCGCAGAAGCUUCCCCAAGUUGUGGAACAGGAGGCUCCAUGUUCAGAGGAUCAACGGCAAAAUCCUUGGUAAGGAUCCUGUCAAGGACAGCAUCGUCAGUAAAAGUAACAAGAGCUCGGGUGAGGAAAACGAGACCAGAGACUUGGAGGUUAGGAAGAAACUCUGGAGCUUGAAUCUUCUCGCCAGCAGGCUCAAGAAAAAGGGAGUUAAGAUUGACAUGAAGUUGGGGGAUGUUUCUAUCUAGAGGUUAAUGGCUUAUUAUUAUUUUUAUUAAUUAUUGAUCAUUAUGAUUAUGAUAAUAAAGGUGAUUUUUGUUUAA